AAUGUUGUGUGCUAAGCUGAUUAAUUAAGUACAAGUAUUAAUAAUAAUAAAAAAAUAAAAAAGAUAACGAUGAAGUGUUGGCGUACCAACGAUGAAAACUGAAGAUUACGGAGGAGUAGAAAAAAAAAGGGAAGAGAGAGAAGAAAGAAAAAAGAGUGAGUAGUGUCCCUUAAAAAAAAAAAAAAAAAAAAAAAAAAAUGAGUAGUGGUAGUCGUAAAACAAGAGAGAGAGUUGUGAUAAAAUCGAGUGGCAACCAAGGGUUUGCAGGCUCAGCUUAGAGCCUUUCUUGAUGCCUUGAACUUGAAAAAAUUGUGGUAUUUGAAGAUUGUUGUAAUUCCUUGGUAUAAUUUGAGAUAAGAUUGUUGUAUUUGGAUUUGGAAUUGGAAUGGAUCCCUUUCAUCUCUUAUCUUUCAUCAUCGACUUUCGUAAAGGUUUUGGGUAGUCUCUGACAAAGGCUCCCCCCUUGAUUUUCUUUUUUUCUUUUCGGAAUUACGCUACUUGCAAGUCUUUUUUUUUUACUUCAUAUUCGUAAAGAAUGAGCUUUUCCAAACAAGUUUCUCCAACCACUCAAACCAGCCUCACUUCGCCGGCCAAGGCUACCUCUCUUAAUCCAAAUGCUGCCGAAUUUGUUCCCUUUUCCCUUCGAACGCCUUCCUCUGGUACUACUAGCAACAUCGACGUAGCUGCCAAAUUCCCUGCUUCUGGAUCCUCUGGUAAACAGGUCCUCGAUCGAUCAGAGUCCUCUAUUUCAACUAAUUCUGAUGAAGAGGCCCGCCAGUACUGGCAGCAGCAGCUGCCUGAUGACAUCACUCCAGACUUUAAUGUCCUUGGAGAGGACGACCACCAUGGACUUGGCAGCCUUUCACUUGCUGCCUUGUCAUUGCAUGCUGGUGGCAGCGCAACUGAUGCAAUUAGGUUUUCUGGCUCCUUGGGUAGUCCCUACAAGAUGAAUGAAACUCUCGAGUUUACUGCUCAUCAUACAAACGGUGCUGCACUUAGUGAUAAGAUGGGGUAUCCUAUUUCUGCAUAUGGAGAUGAUCCAUCGUCAACUAGUUAUCUACAGAGAACCAGUAAGCCUUGGGAAAUGCAACUUCUCAGCGCUGACCAUCACUUUGGGAAUGCCAGAGAUGGGAACUCUUUUGAUGAAACUACAAGACGCACCAAUCCUAAUGAUAUAGCUACUGAAACUUCCAUGCUAGAGAACAAUGACAUGAAUCCUGUUGAGUUCCUCGUGUCACAGUUUCCAGGUUUUGCUGCUGAAAGCCUGGCCGAGGUAUAUUUUGCCAAUGGCUGUGACCUGAAUUUGACAGUUGAGAUGCUAACUCAACUUGAGCUUCAAGUUGAUGGAGCUUUUAAUCAAAAUAUGAAUUUGAAGACCUUAUCAGCUCCAAAUCUGACAUCAAUGGAUUUUCCUGCACUUCCUGUUCCAGACAAUAAGACCAAUCUGCAGAAAUACACUGGAGAUGAACUCCAGCAAAAUGUUAAUUCUUAUGGAUCCUCUGAAAAGGACAAUCUGCUUUUGUUUAGAUCCAAUUCUUCCUUAAGUGCUAAAGGCGCCACUGAUUUUGCUUCAGCUGUUCGUAAGUUAUCACCCCAGGAUCCUUGCUUGUGGAAGUACGACAGAAGUGGUUCAGCUGAUAUUGCUGUUGGUUCAAGUAGAAACUCCCAUGCUCUUUCAGGCUCUUAUCAUACUGGUGCUGGAAGAAGUGCCUAUAGUGAUAGGAUGCAGGGCCGUAGCUCUGCUCGAGCUGCUCCUGUUUGGCUUGAGACUGGAGAAGCAGUUGGCAAUUUAUAUACUGAAGUCCGUGAAGAAGCUCGUGAUCAUGCACGUAUACGAAACGUGUAUUUUGAACAGGCUCGUCAGGCUUACCUAAUGGGAAACAAAGCAUUAGCCAAGGAAUUGAGUGUCAACGGGCAGCUACACAAUAUGAAAAUGAAAGCAGCUCACAGCAAAGCACAGGAAUCUAUAUAUCGUCAGAGAAACCCGAUUAGCCCAGAUCAGCAGGGUGGUGGCAGAUGCCAGGGAAAGGUAAUAGAUCUGCAUGGACUCCAUGUGAGUGAAGCUAUUCACGUGCUGAAGCAGGAGUUGAGUGUGUUGAGGAAUGCAGCAAGGCUGGCUGAGCAGCGGUUACAUGUUUAUAUAUGUGUUGGAACUGGACACCAUACCAGAGGAAGUCGUACUCCUGCCAGACUUCCUAUUGCUGUCCAGCGCUACCUGCUUGAAGAUGAGGGUCUAGAGUUCAGUGAACCGCAGCAAGGGAUGCUUCGUGUUGUGCUAUACUGAAUUAGGGUAAAAAUUUGUGUAUGAUUAGGAUUUUUGUUGUUGACACACAAGAAGUCAUCUGUCACUCUUUUAAGUCAUCAUUUUUGUGCAUCUGUACAUGGGAAGAAAAAGAUUUAGUGCAUAUUCAGGAGAAAACAAAGGAAAAAAAAGGAGGGGGGGCAAAAACAUAAGAUAUGAAAAUGUGGAUAGGUAAAGAGAGGAGAAAAUGGCGGCAGGCAUGUAUCAUUUUGGUUAGUGGCAGCAACAUAUUUUGGAUGAUAUGGACAGUAUUAUCUGUUGCCCAAUAUAUUGUAACAACCCCUCCCCCCCCCCCCUGCGGGAACCGCCUGCCAAAAAGAAGUGCUCUGAACCCCUCUCCCAGUAGGUCUCUCACAUGUAUCAAAUAGAACUCAUUCAAAUUAGUUGAAAUUGUUAUAGUAUAUGCUCAA